AUGGAGCUGGCCAACGCAGCGGUGGACAGGAUUUUCAUGCCGGGCGAUCUGGUGGUCAACGAAGGUGAUGUCAGCAACUCAAUGUUCAUCUUGCUCAACGGUUCUGCAGACGUUUAUGUCAGCGACAAGAGCAAGGACAAGCAGGACAAAGAAGGCAGCAAGAAACAUGGCUCCAAGAAGAUCAAAGAGAUGAUCCGCGUUGGCCACCUGAACUCGGGGGCGAUCGCAGGCGAAUUGGCCAUGUUGGGCAUCUCACAGACCCGGUCAGCCAGCAUCCAAGCUUCAACGCUUUGCGUAUUCUGGGAGGUGACCCAGGAAAGGGCCAUGACAAUCUUGGAUCACUUCCCGGAAGAGCGACAGCUCUUCAGCAACGUCAUCGUGCAGAACUUGGAUCUGACUGUCAACGGCCGACUGAUGAACCUCAACCUUUUCAAAAGCUUCGACCGCAAGUUUCGCAAUCUCCUUGCGUUGUACUGCGAGCGUAACGCCUUCUUCCCGGACCAUGCUGCGACGCGUGAGGGGGAGACAGGGGACAA